AUGGAGAUCUCUUCGAAAUCUCCCGCAAAGAAGGGCGACCUGAUACACCGAGCCAAAAGCCAUGGCGCCGCCGCCGCCGCCGCCGCACUCUACUCCCGCCCCUCCCUCCUCUUCGACAACGGUCGCCGGGCCACACCAAACAGCAACAGCACCACGUGUGGUGUUUGUGUUGGCCAGGUUGCGGACACCGUUGGUAGUGUUGGUCUCGUCGUCCGCCGUCCCUCGUCUGAGUCUCCUAGCCGAAAGAUGGCGGCCGCCCGGUCGCACCACGUUCGAAUUCCUCCGUCGGCUCGUCUUAGAAGGAGGGAGACAUGUCUCCCAUUCGAUCUGCGACAAGCUGCUCAUGGUACCCGAAACAUUCGUUGGUACUGA